AUGGAUGUCACUGUCGAAGGUAGUUAUGUGUUAAUAGCAAAAAUGUCACCAUUAUUGUAUGAUCUUGUUAUUGAUACGGCAAAAAAAAGUACAUCACACGGUAUGGCCAGCUAUCCGUUAUAUCAUACACAAUAUGAAACAUUUGACAUGGUAAAAAAUUUUAUAGAUGUCAAUUUUGAGGCACAUGAAGCUAUUGCACGAAUGAUAGCUUCAUUAACACUUCGCCUUUCUCAAACAUCUUUACUUCCAUUUAAUCCUGUUGGAUACUAUCGUGCAUUAUCAAAUGUGUUAAAGAAUACAAUGAAUAACAUUUCAAUAGAAGCAAAUUUCACUAAUUUGCAAAACGCUGUUGAAGAUUUUAAACGGAUAGCAGAAAAGUUUAAUGCGAGAGUAACAAACAUAGAUAAAAAAAAGUAUACUCAAGUUAUUGAUCUAAGAAUGAACGAUCAAUUAUUACAAUUGGAGCGAGCGUUUAUUAAUCCUCUAGGAAAUAGUGUAGAUCGUCCAGAUUUAAAACAUAUUGUUUAUGGACCAAGUCGAAACAAUAAAUAUGGCGCAAAAGGUUUUCCAGUUAUAGCUGAUAGUAUCGAAGACAGAAAUCUUGAUAACAUUCGACGAGAAAUUGCAUAUGUAACAUAUUUUGUGCGUUCAGCUAUCUCAGUUCUUCAAGAAACAACAAUAUUUCAAACUACUGCAUAA